UAAGAUGAUUAUGAUUGAACUAAUGAAUACUUCUCAUUCUUUUUUCACAGUGCCAGAAAGACGGUCUUGGCAACCUGAGCUUGCAAUGGGUGAUGUUGCUGGUGGAUCACAAGUGUAUCCUGCCUCAGCCUAUCCGCCUGGAGCAACAGUGGCUGCAGCUCCUGGCAUCACUCCUGCCGGUUCACAGCCAAUGCCACCAUUCCCUGCAAAUCCAGCUCAGCUUAGUGCUCAGAACCAGCUUAUGUACGAGCAGUCGCAGCAGUAUCAGCAGCAGCUCCAGCAACUGCACCAGAGGCGGCUCCAGCAGUUCUGGGCCCAACAACGGUCAGAGAUCGAGCAGGCCACUGACAUCAAGAAGCACCCCGUGCAACUCAAAAGGAUAAGGAAAAUCAUGAAGGCCGAUGAGGGCGUUCACAUGAUCUCGGCAGAAGCUCCAGUGGUGUUUUCGAAAGCAUGCGAGAUGUUGACACUGGAGAUGACGAUGAGGUCAUGGAUGGUCACUGAGGAGAACAAGCGCCGGAUCUUGAAGAAGAGCGACGUUGCCGCUGCUGUUGCUAGGACCGACGUCUACGACUUCCUGGCGGACAUAAUCCCCUUGGACGAGAUGAAGGAGGAGGGGGUCGGGCUUCACAGAGCCGGGCCGCCGCCGCCACCCUUGGGGGCUCCGGCUGGCGCAUACCCGUAUUAUUACCCGCCGCAGCUGCAGGUGCCAGGUGCAGCAAUGGUGCACGGUGGCCAGCAGGUGCCGCAGGGCCAUCUGCCGCAUGUGUGGAUAGAUCUUCAGGAACAGCAAGAGAAGGAGGAUCAGCAAUCUGAAAGUGGCUGACAACAUGUGAGCCAUCACUAAAAUUCAGUAUCCUCAUUUUAGCCAGGACAUCCAAAGUUCCAAACUAAUUUUCAGGUUUUGCAAUAGCUUAUAUGAUCGUUUGUUUUGUCUGUCGGUACGGGAGAGAUUGACUGGUUUCUUCAUGCAAGUUUUGUUUUGUCGCGGUGUCUUUAGCGAAGGGAUUAUGCUUCGAGACCAAUUGGAUGAAAUUUACCAUACCGUUGUGUGGCGUACUACCUCUGUGUUGACUGUUGAGUGACCUGUUUGCUUGCUGUUCCUAUCGUUGAGUGGCGUAUGAAAUUUCAGAUCAUGUUGCGGGUGCAGCUGAGUCGUCUGUCUUAAA